AUGCCGCCAGUGAUCCCUGCAAGUGGUGGGGGUGGAAUGCAUGGUCCCUCCGCCUUUGACAAGUUUAAAAUGGGAGCUCUGAUGGGUGGAUCGGUUGGUCUGAUCAUGGGCUUCAUUAUGGGAACUGUUGCGAUAUUUCAAUACGGUGCGGGACCCAACGGUGUCAUGCGAACCCUGGGCAAAUAUAUGAUCGGUUCUGGGGCAACAUUCGGAUUUUUUAUGUCCAUAGGAAGCGUUAUCCGAACAGACGGACACACCAACUCCAACCAGGUGUGGGCGAGAGCUCGUGGGGCUCCAAUGAUGAUUCCCCGGCAAUAUCAUCCCCGCCCACGACACGAUUAA